UUUCAGAUGUCACGUGGUUACAUCAUGUCGUCCUUGACCCUAGAGGAAGAAGAGUUCCCCAUCGCUUACACCAUCAUGGCGUACACACACUCUGAGAUGGUUGAGAGGCUACUGCGGGCUAUCUACAGGCCACAGAACUAUUACUGUAUUCACGUGGACAAAAAAGCGCCAGAGAAGUUUUAUUUAGCUAUUUCAGCCAUAGUACAAUGUUUUCCCAACGUAUUUUUAACGUCUAGAAGAAUCGACGUCGUAUGGGGCUUGUUCUCUGUUCUAGAGCCCGAGCUAAUCUGUAUGAAAGAACUCUCUCGCUACAAGAAAUGGAAAUAUUUUAUCAAUCUCACUGGACAAAUGUUUCCUUUGAAAACAAAUUAUCAGAUUGUUAAAAUACUGAAAGCAUUCAGAGGGGCCAACAGUAUUAAUGGAACUAUAAAAUAUGUAUACGAAGAGCGUUGGAUGGGCAAAGCUCCCCCUAUGGGAAUCCGUCUGCUGAAAGGAUCUCUUCAUAUAGCAGCCAACAGAGAUUUUGUGAACUAUGUACUUUACAACGACACUGCUAAAAAAUUUCUUGAAUGGACAAAAGAUACAGAAAUCCCUGACGAAACGUUUUUUUCUUCACUCAACUACAACCCGCAGCUCGGGAUAAAGGGAACAUUUAAAGGUGACCCUGACGAUGUGCAUGAGUACGUAGCCAGGUACACGAUCUGGAUCAUGACGAAAAAGCUGUGUGCUGGAAAAUUUGUCAGACAUGUUUGUAUACUUAGUACAGGGGAUCUACCCAGGCUCGGCCAAGCCAAAGAACUAUUCGCCAACAAAUUUUACCUACACGAAGACAGGCUUGUGAUUGGUUGUUUGGAGGAGAAGAUCUACAACGACACGCGCGAUGUGUACAUGGGGGUCAAGGACGUCAACACCAGCUUUUAUGAACGUUUGAAUUUUGUUCAACAUCAGGUGGAAAAUAGUACCUGGAGGUCAUGA